AUGAUAGUAUUUCUAUCGCUGAUCAUCCUACUGGGUGAUAUUCCUGGCGGAUCAACAGACGAGUGUUUGCCUAAUUCCAGUGGGAUCGAUCAACAGUGCUCUCCGGUGAUUGGAAACAAAUGCACGAAGGAAGAUGAUUGCCCGAUACCCAACACCAUAUGCGAUCAAGUAUGCAAGUGUAAAGGUGGAAUGCAUCCUUCAGAGGACAAGAACUUCUGUGAAACUGAUGUUAAAAGAAUUGGUGACAGCUGCAAAGAUGAUGAAUGCAAUACGAUCGAAAACGCCGUUUGUAAACAAACUAACGUCAAGACGAAGUUCUUUGGGAACAAAAUAUGGGACACCGAGUCCACGUGCCAAUGUAAGCUCAACCAUUUUUUGUCGAACCUGAAAUGUGUCAAGUACGCAAAUGAUUUACGGGAUAGAUGCGAAGACAAUCGUGAAUGUUACAAAAUUAUUGGAAGCAAGAAGUGCAAUAAGACGACCAACACUUGUCAGUGCAAUGAGAAAAUUUACUACCUGGCAGACGGCAAAUGUCACAAAAAAACAAAAAAUUUGCACGAAUCUUGCAGUAAUCCGUCCGGAUGUAAACCUAAAUUUUCUGAAUGCCUUAACAAUGAAUGUCAAUGCGGAUCAAAAUAUAACGAAUACAACAACGUAUGUUACGGUCUUUUGAACGCCACUUGUUCUCAGCCAUCCGAUUGUUUGUCAACCUCUUACUCAUGCGGUUCAUCAGGCACUUGUGAAAACGUUGAACAUAAAAACGGAGAUAAAGUGUUAUCUUCAAAACCUAAAAUUACAUUAUCCUGGAUCAAUUUCAAUAAUAAGACAAAAAUUGGUGACGGAGUUUAUGCUGGAGCGGACGGUCCUGGGGAUAUACACGUCUGUCGUGGAGUUUACGAAAAUUUACUAAUCCCUGGAAAAUUACUAAAACUAUUUAAUGCUCACAACUACCAAUGUCAUGUGUCAUAUCUCAAUACAGAACCAGACUUGAUGGAAUUUGAAAUGCUCAGUGGAUCGAGCUUGAGAUGGAAAGAAUCAUCGUUUACACUUGACAAAGCCGUUUAUGGUGGUGCUAAUGAAGACAAUAAACCAUAUCUUAUUUGUCGCACUAAGCAUACUAUCUAUCAGGAUCGGAUUAUCGUUGGAAAACUUGAACCUCCUCUAUACAAAACUUGUGUCGCGCCUUUCGGUCGAACCGUAUAUUACUACAAAAAAUUCGAUAUCUUAGUCCACGAUUAA